CGCCUUAUUAGGCCUGUGGGGUUUCGAAUCAAAAUUCUUGUGUGCAGCUUAUAGUUGAAGAGAGACCAAAAUCAUCGAAAAGAUUGCAGUAAGGCAGCCUUGACAGACUAUAAUCAGGAGCAGGACAUGGAAAUUGAGGCUUUAGAAGCCAUUCUCAUGGAUGAUUUUAAAGAAAUUUGUUCUAGUGAGAGCGGCUUAAACACUUCAAACAGAUGCUUCCAAAUAACUCUGUAUCCACAGGAUGAUGAGGCAGACGAAUCUACUGUCCCACCAGUUCAGUUGGGAUUGAUAUUCUCCCAUACAGAAAAUUUUCCUGAUGAGCCUCCACUUAUCUAUCUGAAAAGUUUGAGAAGAAUUCCGUUCGGAGAUCUUAAAGUUCUGAAAGAAAAGCUUGAAAAAGGGGCUGCAGAAAAUCUAGAUGAUGAUGCGGAGGAAGAUGAGGCCGCAAAAGACGAGGUUAUUGUGCCACAUGGAGAAGCUGAAACUGUCGAGACAUUUUUGGCAUGGAGAGAGAGGUUUGAAGCAGAAUUAGCACUUCAGAGAGCCAAGCUAAUGCCGGAUUCAGCACUUGCUGCACCGAAAGAGAAGAAACAUACGAGCAGACAAUGGUUUGAUAGUGGACGCGCUAGCUCGAAAAGUGCAACAAUAGCUGAGGGUUCCGUUGAAGAGGAGGAAGAAGAUAUUGAUUUUGAUGAGGAUGACUUUGACGACGAUGAAGAGGACAUGCUUGAGCACUAUCUUGCAGAAAAAUCGGACACAUCUUCACAUUCUUCAAAACGAGCCAAUUAAGCAAAGCUUUGGAUGUGAAGUAAUUCAAAUAUGAUGCCCAAAUGAGAGAACACAUAUACAUAUGGAAGCUGAGUGCACAACCGGAUGACAAUUGUAUCAAAGCUAUCCCAAUUGAAGUGAACAUUAUGCGAUUACGAAGCCCUUUUCUCGCCGAGUAAAUGAGUCUUAUCGCCUUUUUGUCGUGAAUUAUUCGAUCUUGUUGUAUCAUGAAAUUUUUGUGUGAUUCUAUUUAUUUGAGGGUAUGGAGUGUACUAGUAGCUUUGUUUGAUAUAUUCAUAAGAACUCUUAAGAUUACUAUGACAUCUAAUUCUUUAUCUCAGAUGAAAUUUUGAAGAGAAUUUGAGCAAAGAACAAGAAUA